UUUCUAUUUCCAAAAUGGUCUAAUAUACCAUUAAAAUAUAUAGAUGUUAAUUGCCAGGUUUGAUGAAGAAACAUCUCUAUAAGAGACCUAUUUGUAUUAUUCAGUGAACAGAAGUGUGAAAAGUCAUUUACUCAUAAUUUCCUCUUGAUUCAUCAUACAUGAUCCAUCUGUCCCAUCAUCAAUUCAGAAGAAUUGAUUGAAAAAUGAAGAGACUCACUGGAUCAUUCAAAUACUACCAAUGGGAUCCUUGGCUAAUAAUAUUCCAGAUAAUAUCAAUUCAGUGUAUCUUAUAUGUUUCUCUUGGACUAAUACUAGCACUACUGAGUUCCAUUGUUGGGGAGCCUAAAACAUUAGACCACAUAUUUGAAUAUCAUGAAGUUCAGAUUCGUGAUUUUGGAGGAAGAAUUGUAAUCAUGAGCUUUACAAUCAAUGCUCUUGUGGGUGCCCUGGCUCUAUGGUACUUUGUAGAACGCACCAAACUAUGCCUGGACUUCAGCUGUACCUGGCACCUCAUCCACCUGCUAGUUUCCUGGUUCUAUAAUGAAUGCUUUCCAACAACUUUUUCAUGGUGGGCUUUAAAUGUUGCUUGUGCAACUCUCAUGUGUGUUUGUGGAGAAUUUUUGUGUUUACGGACAGAACUGGCUGCUAUACCAUUGUCAUUAGGUCCCAAAACUGACCUUUAGGUCAAAAAACUGUGAUACACUAUGUGAAUGUUGAAAAAUUAUGAUCAAGAGAAUGAUAGGACUUGGCUAUAGUGGUUUUUCAAAAUCAGGAUUUCUUCAGCUACCCCAUGGCCAUACCAGGGUCCAGUGUCGAUAAAGUUAAUGCCAUUUAUAAUUGCCUGAUGAACAGUCUUUUUACAUUCUUCUAUGUCAAAAUCACUGGAAACAGAAUGAGGUAACACACUUUUAAUAUAUUUUGAGGACACACAUCUACCAAAAACUUGAUAAAAUGGUGGCCAAGGAACUUUUCAAACCAAUGCCAUUAGGUUGAAACAAAAUUGUAGACUUUAAUUCAUUUUGUACACCAAAAAUGUGAACUGUUGAUACUUGAUUGGAGAGGUAGUAGAAUUUGAGGUUAUGUAAUUGUGUUGAAUUACCCAUAGAAAUAAGAAAAUCCUCCAGUUCCAAGAGAUAUCAUAGAAACAUGUAUAUCUGUGUUUCCCAAUUUUCUGUAGCUCAUUUUCCUCACUGAUUUUUCAUCAUGAAAACCAGGAAUAUAUGUUUCCGGAAGAUCCAUACUAUAUACCUACUUUCCUACUCAAAUUCAGGCACAGAUUCAGGUAGGGUAUGGUUUCACUAAACACUAAAAAGCUUCUUUCUAUCUUGUUAUAGUUGUAGAUGUUUAUAAAUUAUAUAUUGCAUAAGUUAUAUGAGUUCUCCUAUCAGGCAGCUUAUUAUUAGUGAUUAGCAUAAUUAGCAGUUAGCACUUAUGGUUUCCAGUAUUUGGUUCCUUAUCUUAUCACCGAAGUCAGUACACAGAAUUACACCUUUUUUAUCAGUUGGGAAAGAAAUUCUUCCAUUAUUCAACUCAACUGGAC